CUCCCCCCUCCGUGUCCCUCAAGAUUCUCCCUCCCCUCCCUCCCUCCCACCCGCGCCCACGACCCGAGCCAUUCCACGCCUGCCGCAGGGGUGGCAUGCUCGCCACGUUCCUCGGGACUCGCCGGCCGGCCUUGAAUUGAUGGAUCGUCGGGCGCCUCCCCCUCCUUCCUCGCUCUCCGGCGCCUCGAGCCCCCGCUGCCGCUUCGAUGCGGCGUGGAGGGCGCUCGGGACGCGCGGCGCCGCGGCCGCGGCGGCCCUCGGGCGGGCGCUCGGCGCGCUGCUCGCCUUCGUCUUCGCCGUCGUGGGUUCACUGGUCGGGAUCUUCAUCGGCGCCUUCAUGGGGAUGUCCACCGAGAGCGGCAUGCUCCGGGGCGCCGGCGUGGGAGCGGUCUCCGGCGCGGUCUUUUCCAUUGAGGCCGUUGAAUCCUGCAUCGAGAUUUGGAGAUCUAGCGAAUCCGGAAAGUAUAGCUUUCUCUUUGUGCUAGACAUCAUCUCUAGCCUCUUCAGUGGACGAAUUGUUUGGGAGAAGGUCAGUCCAGCACUCCAGCGUGCAGUGCAAAGUCAGAUGAGUUUAAUGAGUACACCUUUCAUUGACAACAAUGACCUUUUUGAAACCGGCUGCACGGGUGGUAUGUCAAGAGCUCUGAUCAACAAGAUCCCAGCAAUCAGGUUCAGCGCUGCAACCAAUUCUGCUCAGGAAACUGACAAGACCUGCUGUUCAGUAUGUCUUCAGGAUUUCGGAUCGCGGCAAUUUGUGAGAGCCUUGCCCCAGUGCCAGCACAUUUUCCACGUGCGAUGCAUCGACGACUGGCUUCCGAGGAACUCCACCUGCCCACUGUGCAGGGGUGGUGUUCAUAUAGACCACCUGUGUUUAUAAUCGCAGAAUACCCGUGCUCGUGUUCCAUAAUCGUAAAAUAGUCUUGUAUACAUAGAGGUUUUCUUUCUUUCUUUUGCCAGUCUGUGGAGUGGGGCAACGUUUCCGGCUGCACGAUUUUCUUGUCAUAGCAAUAACGUGAUAUGUGCAUUAUCUAAAUGGAAAUGACUAACAAGCUACAGAAUUAUGGACCAUGUUUUUUCUCUGCUGAUAGCUACUGAUACUGACUUUGUAAAGGUGAAUUCGCUUGCAAUCUUUUCAAGUGCUGCAAGUAGUGAGUCUUAUACAGUGCAACUGAAGGUUGGUGUUAA